AUGGCCAUCGACAAGGCAGACAGGAGGGUUCAGUUGCCGCCGUCAGAGCCUUAUCUGGAUUUUAAACUCAUGCUGCAAAGUUAUAACUACCGUCGAUAUGGCCGCCGCAACCAGCAACCAUUGUUCUCGUCAAUUCCUUCAUCCACAUCCUCUCUCGUGUCUUCUUUUGACCUGAAGAUCUUGGUCUUUCAGAUUCGAUCGGUUGCGAGGCUCUACUGCUAUCCACUUCUAGUUCUCCCAACCUACAUGGCUGACCAGGAACGACACGCCAAGACCCACAACGACGUCAACGCUGAGAAGGCCCAAAAGAGUGUGAAGAAAUAUAACUGGACAAACGGUGGGCGUCGCAGCGGCAAUUCGAACAACGGACACCGCGCCGGAGGUUCUCGCACCGGGGGUCAAAACUCCGGUGGGCAGAGCUCUGGUGGGGGAAGCGGCCAGACGAAUUAG